UCAACAGAUUGUGACAUUUAUCACUACACAAUUUACAUAAUUUACAGCGGUGUGAUGUUUACAUUUGAGCAAGACAAUUGUAUUGUCGGGUUGACAGUAGGAAGACGACCAGAGGUUAUCUCAAAUGAAAGCAAUUUUGAUCAUUAUUAUUUGAAUUUUAUUGAUGCUGGAGAAUGGUAAUUGCGUCUACAGCCGUAUGGAGUCAACCUCUUGACGUCUUUACGCCAAGUAUCAAGACGUUUUGUUUUUAUUGCAUUGUAUCUGAUAGUGACGAAGCUGUUAUCCUCAAUGAAAAAUAUAUAUUCACUCAAGCUUAACUGCAACUAUAAUGGGACACAAUAACAGCAAGCUCUCUUCGAAAUCCCGAUAUGAUCAGGUCGAAAAAUCAUCGCUUCUUGUCAAAGAAAACGAAGCAGUCGUUAAAUUAAGUCGCACAGAGAUCAACUCAUUGAAACAUCUGUAUCACAGACUGGCGGCACUUUCACCAGAAGAUGAAUACAUUGACAAGAAAACAUUCUUGCAUUAUUUUCCUUUGGAGGGCAUUUUGGCUGAAAGGUUGUUUAGUAUCUUUGACAAAGAUGGAAACAAUGUCAUUAAUUAUGAAGAAUUUCUUGGUGGACUGACAUUAUGUCUUGCAGGCUCAAUUGAUGAUAAAUUUCAACUUGUUUUUGAUUUGUAUAACAUUGAUGAUGGCGAUGGAAUUUCAGGAGAUGAGCUUGCGACAGUGUUAAAAUCAACAUUGCUUGCGGCGAAAGCCAUUGUUGGUCCCUCGCAAAACAAUGCAACUGGCAUUGAUAGUCACAUGCGUUCAAGGGAUAUCGAUGAACAUGUUAAAAACGUCGUUCGUGAUGCAUUUGAACAAUGUGAUCUUAGUCAGACUGGAAUGCUUUCUCCCGAAGAGUUCAGAAACUGGGCCGAACGUCAUUCGUAUAUUUUGGACAUCAUUUUUGGUCACUACAGUUUUGCUGAUAAACAAAAAUUGUCCGAAAACAUUACAGCUGCUGCAUUUAACGCUGUCAAAAUCAAUUCUAUAAAAUUAUUAUUUAGGUGUCAUUCUCAAACUUGGAUGGAAACAAAUGUUGCAGAAAAUUGUGAAACAGAUUAUUGCUGCGGGUAUUCCGAAGCAUCUUUCGUAUGGAGCCCUGUUUUUCCAGUUACGUUGAAGAAACCAAAAGCUCGUAGCGAACAUACGGCAUGUGUCUUUGAUGGAGCGCUUUAUGUUUUGGGUGGUAGAGGAUCUUACGCUGCAUUUAAAGAUUUUUGGAAAUAUGAUCUAGCUCUCAACCAUUGGUCAGAGUGUUACAAUAAAAGUGAAAGAUUUUUGCACAUUUUUGGACACACUGCCGUUGUGCAUCUGGGAUGUAUGUACGUGUACGGUGGUGAAUUUGACACAUCUGAGUCUUUUGUUUGGAAAUAUGACUUUGGCUUGGACGAGUGGUUUAAAAUUGCUGUGACACCAUUGACAGAAAAUAUCAUACCUAGAAAUCGCCGAUACCAUUCAGCUGUAAUCUUUCGUAACAGAAUGUAUAUUUUUGGUGGAUUGGUUGAAAUUCAUGGUUCUACGGAUGAGUUUUGGUCGUUUGAUUUAAGAGAGGAAAAGUGGGAUUUGGUUUAUAAAUCAGGCAUUGCUGUUCCCGGAAAACGAUAUCAACAUUCUGCAGUUGUUUACAACAAGGCAAUGUGGAUUGCUGGUGGACUUGACUUAUUUUCUCCUCGCAACGACACGUGGAAAUGGGAUUUCGAAAAGAAAAUUUGGCUGAAAAUUAAAUGCAAAGGAGGGCCAUUUCCAAUCCGAGGUCAUCACGCAAUAAGGUGUGGCAAAAGCAUGUUUGUUGUUGGCGGUACUUCGAAUGGACAAUAUCAUCAAAAUUUUUGGAAACUGGAUUUUAUUUCACUCACGUGGUCAUCCAUCAUUGGUAAUGUUCACCCUCCUGCUCGCUCUUUUGCUGCCGUCGUAACCUUAUCCGCAUAUUCUUUUCCUCUCCUACCAGUCGAAACGUCCACCACAAUUUCAUGCACGCAAAAACUUCCCACGUCAAAAAUACUUAAAGAUUCACGACCUCAUAGUUCUCCAGCUUCUUACCCAGAUAAAGAAGCUCAACUGUCGAAUGAAAGAACUUCGUCAUCUACAAAUCUUGACUUUCUUCUUGAAGAUGCUUCUCUUAGAGAGGAGAUUAUUGCCAUUCGUUGCACGUCUUCAGCUGGUGUUUGUGAAAAUAUUGGCACCUUAACGAACAGCUGUGCUCUUGGUGAUGGAGAUCUGUCCGCAGAAUUCGUAGAAGACACUUAUUAUGCAGACGAAAGGCAGCAUAUUUACACAGAUAAAAUGAAUGACACUGCAAAGCAUACAGAGAAACGCAUAAUUAAUACAUCUGAGCCAAGCCAUAAUUCAAAACUUUCCUCCGCAAAAGGACUUUGUAUAUUUGUUAUUGGUGGAAAAAAUGAUCACAAUCGUGAACUCACAUCAAAAGGAAUGGACAUCUGGAGAUGCGAUGUUAAUAAAUAUGGAAAUCGGCCAAAAACCACUCCAAAAUUUAAAGUGACGUCAAGCAAGCCAGACAUUACGUCCAAAAGAAAUAUCUCAGUCAGCCCACUGGAAAUCCGUUCAAUGAACAGUCAAGAGCAAUUGAGAGACUUUGUUGAUCACAUGAUCCCAAUACGUGAAAGCAGUUCGUUAGCGAAUACUGCUUCAAGUCGGGGUGGCAAAUCAUUUCCAUCAAACGUGGAAAAAUCGCCAAAAGAAUAUUCAAGAACGCAUUAUGGUGAUGUAGUUGUAACCGAUUUAUUGGGGAUUAACUUUGUUGAAGAUCUUAAUUAAAGUUUUCUCUGUGUAAUGUGUGUGAGGGUCGCGUAAAAUAGUAAAAAUACUAAGUAUGUUAUGACAAAA